AUAUGGAGAUGAUACAGACUGGGUAUCGUCUGCCUCCUCCUCCUGGUUGCCCCAGAGGAAUAUAUCAAUUGAUGAUACACUGCUGGAACCCUGACAGUAAUCACAGGCCAACAUUUAAGGAUAUUCUUGAUACAUUGGCAGAGGACCCAGAGGGUCUCCUUCAUUGGAGUGAUGAGAAUAAAGCAGUUCAUGAGUCUUCCUCUGUCCUUGGAUCAGAUUUAGAGGCAGGUCAAGACUUGUAUCCUGAACUUCAACAAAUAUUUGUUAAAUCUAAAAUGAAAAUAUAAAAAGCUACCAAUCUUCUUGUCUCUUUCCCAUCUCUGUCAUUAUUCACUCUUUCUCAUACCAAUAAUGUAUAAUCUGAUGAUUGUUGUAUUUUUAUGUGUAUAUGCUUUUUGUGGCUUUGCUUUAAUGCCCAUUUCAUUUUAAUUUUUAAUGUAGAUUUUUAUAUUAUGAAAUUUGCUAUAAAAAUA